GAUCGAGGCGCUUGAUUCACAGCAGAGGGGAAGUCGUCAGACAGUGCUGCUGUCUGCAACAUUGUCAAGUGCUGUGGAGAGGCUUGCAGGUUUGACACUGAAGUCUCCAGUGUUUGUUGAUGCUGCGGGCGAUGAGUCCCUAGCAAAUGACAUGGUGAUCCCAGAGAGCUUGACGCAGUUCUAUGUUCUGACGCCCGCCAAACUAAGAUUGGUGACGUUGUCUGCCUUCAUCAUUUGGAAAUGCAACAUGAGCAGUCAGCGCAAGAUGCUGAUAUUUUGCGCAACACAAGAUAUGGUGGACUUCCAUACUGAGCUCCUGGCACUGGUGUUGGGUGAAUCUGACCAGGUGGAUUUUGAGUUCUUCAAACUGCAUGGCAGUAUGACCCAGCAG